AUGCCGCACGACUCAAAUACUGAUCAAUUGGCAGACCGGGACAGGGAGAGCAACCUUACAUGGAACGCACGUGUGAAGACGCCCGCGAGGAAGGCUUUCCACACGGCCUCGCUCAAUUCUGAACCUACGCUCCACCAUGUCAAACUGUAUAGUUCUGUUGUAGAAGUCUUUGCCUUCGCCCUGCAGGCUCUACGCACUGUGCCACCCCGCUACUGUGGCAAGACGCGGCGGGAUGUGCUGGCCAAAAUCUCGGCUUAUCUGCAGCCAAUCGUCUUCUAUUUACCGAAAUGCUACUUUGGCAAGUACCCCAACUAG